UGAAAAAUAUAAAUGGUGAGGAAGUCGCAACGUACUAAUACAACAAGGAACAGUAAUAAGGCGGUAAAAAGAAGAGAAAGAAUCCCAAUAGUAGUAAGUCGUAACAGUUUGUGUGUAAAUAAUUACGAUUGAAAUCUGUUACCCCCAACCACGUCGUGUAGAGAGAGAAAUAAACAAUAGACAGCCCAAAUAAUAUCAUCAUCAUCAUCAUCUAGUCCUGAGGAGGACUAGUUUCAUAGAAGCAAAAUUUUGUGGUUUCAAUCUUCUGUAAAUUAAAAGCUCCAAGAAAGCUUCGAAGAUGGAAGAGCGGAACCGGGGAGGAGGAGGAUGUUGCCCGCCGAUGGAUCUGAUGAGGUCAGAGCCGAUGCAGCUUGUCCAACUCAUCAUCCCCGUCGAGUCCGCUCACCUCACCGUCGAUUACCUCGGCCAACUCGGCUUCAUCCAAUUCAAAGACUUGAAUGCUGACAAGAGCCCGUUCCAGCGGACGUACGCAACUCAGAUAAAACGAUGUGGAGAGAUGGCACGCAAGUUGAGAUUUUUCAAGGACCAAAUGGUAAAAGCAGGUCUCUCUCUUCCUGCAAGGUCGACAACAGGGACUGAUAUCAGUUUGGACGAUCUUGAGAUAAAGCUUGGAGAACUUGAGGCUGAGCUAGUAGAGAUAAACGCCAACUCUGACAAGUUGCUUCGCUCCUAUAAUGAACUUGUUGAGUAUAAACUUGUGCUGCAGAAGGCUGCUGAGUUUUUUCACUCAGCUCAGGCAAGUGCUGUUGCACAACAAAGGGAAUCUGCUUCAAAUCAGAGUGGUCAAGAAUCCUUAGAAACUCCUUUGCUAUCAGAGCAGGAAACCGUCACUGACCCAUCAAAGCAAGUUAAAUUGGGCUUUAUUUCUGGACUUGUUCCCAGAGAGAAGUCCAUGGCCUUUGAAAGGAUAAUAUUCCGUGCUACCAGGGGUAAUGUGUUCCUGAGGCAAGCUGUGGUUGAGGAACCAGUCACUGAUCCUGUUUCAGGAGAGAAGGUUGAGAAGAAUGUCUUCGUUGUCUUCUUUUCUGGAGAGAAGGCGAAAAGUAAGAUCCUUAAAAUAUCUGAUGCCUUUGGGGCAAAUCGUUACCCGUUCACAGAAGAUUUGGCUAAGCAGGCCCAAGCAAUCACUGAGGUGUCGGGUAGACUUACAGAGCUAAAAACUACUAUCGAUGCCGGAUUAUUACACCGUGGCAAUUUGUUGCAGUCGAUUGGAGAACAAUUUGAGAAAUGGAACCUUUUGGUAAGGAAGGAAAAAUCCAUUUACCACACCUUGAACAUGCUCAGCUUUGAUGUUACGAAAAAGUGUCUUGUGGCUGAAGGCUGGAGUCCCAUUUUUGCAGCAAAGCAGAUUCAGGAUGCACUGCAGCGGGCAACUCAUGACUCCAGUUCACAAGUUGGGGCAAUUUUCCGGGUUCUGCAUACUCGGGAGGCACCCCCGACAUAUUUUCAGACGAAUAAAGUUACUUCUGCUUUUCAGGAGAUUGUUGAUGCGUAUGGUGUGGCUAAAUACCAAGAAGCAAACCCUGGUGUUUUUACAAUUGUUACUUUCCCGUUUCUUUUCGCGGUUAUGUUUGGUGAUUGGGGACAUGGCAUAUGCUUAUUGGUUUCAACGUUGUAUCUGAUUUUUAGAGAAAAGAAAUACUCCAGUCAGAAACUUGGAGACAUUAUGGAAAUGACUUUUGGUGGUCGUUAUGUCAUCCUCCUGAUGUCACUUUUCUCGAUAUAUACGGGGUUGAUCUAUAACGAGUUUUUUUCGGUUCCGUUUGAAUUAUUUGGUCGCUCAGCAUAUGCUUGCCGUGAUGCUUCUUGCAGUGAGGCUACGUCAGUGGGAUUGAUCAAGGUGCGUGAUACUUAUCCUUUUGGGGUGGAUCCUGUAUGGCAUGGCACCCGCAGUGAAUUGCCAUUUUUGAACUCAUUGAAGAUGAAAAUGUCUAUACUUCUUGGGGUUGCCCAAAUGAACCUAGGUGUUAUAUUGAGCUUCUGCAAUGCCAGAUUCUUCCGGAAUAGCAUCAACAUUUGGUGCCAGUUUAUUCCUGAGAUGAUAUUUUUAAAUGGCCUUUUUGGCUAUCUUUCUGUCCUUAUCAUUAUAAAAUGGUGGACAGGUUCGCAAGCUGAUCUUUACCAUGUGAUGAUAUACAUGUUCCUUAGCCCAACAGAUGACCUUGGUGAUAACCAGCUUUUCCCUGGCCAGAAGACAGCUCAGCUCGUUUUAUUAUUGCUUGCUCUUGUUGCUGUUCCAUGGAUGCUUAUCCCAAAGCCUUUCCUUUUGAAGGCGCAACAUGAGGUAUGUACCAUGUUUAGUCUUCUCUUUCCUCAUUAUUUUUCUUCACACAUACAAUCUUUCUUCAUUUCUUUUACGAUUUGGAACAUCUUUUUUUUCAGAGACACCAUGGCAAUGGUUACACUGCCAUUCAAGACACAGAAGAGUCAUUGCUGGUUGAUACAAAUCAAGAUUCCCACGGUCAUGAAGAGUUCGAGUUCAGUGAAAUUUUUGUGCAUCAGCUUAUACACACCAUAGAGUUUGUGCUUGGAGCAGUCUCGAACACAGCUUCUUAUCUUCGUUUGUGGGCUCUCAGUCUUGCCCAUUCGGAGUUAUCCAGCGUGUUCUACGAGAAGGUUCUUCUUCUUGCUUGGGGGUAUAACAAUGUUAUCAUUCUCAUUGUGGGACUUGUAGUGUUUAUUUUUGCAACUGUCGGAGUGUUGCUAGUUAUGGAAACGCUCAGUGCAUUCCUCCACGCAUUGAGGCUUCACUGGGUGGAGUUUCAGAAUAAAUUUUACGAGGGAGAUGGAUACAAAUUCUACCCUUUUUCGUUUGCAACAAUCGGAGAUGAAGAAGAUUGAUUGAGAGGCUUGAUGUUGAAUAAAAGCUCCAAUAAAUACGAUUGGGUACAAGCUCACAGAGGCAUACAACUUGUACGGGAUUCUUUCAUUUGGAUUACCAUUUCUAGAGAAGCUGAGGCUUUGAGCUUCUUUUUUUUUUUUUUUUUUUUUUUUCCCUCCUGCAGUUCCGAGUUCUUUCUCUUGCUAUGUGUUCUAUCAAUGUUUCAAAUAAUCAGCGUCAUAUUCAUAUAAUGCCUCACCUUUUUAGAGUGGCAGCAGUCCUUCCCUUGUACAAGUGUGCAUUUGUAAUGUCCUAGCUGAAACAAGAUCCAAAUACAGAAAACUGUAGCAAUAUUUAUUUGUUUAUUUAGUUGGUUGUUGGGAAAAGAUGCGCCUUUUGUUGUAUGAAAAUAAGGGCGCCCUGUAUCAUUGAUAUCUUUAUUGAAUUAUUGGAAGAUUAUGUUUUCAUUACUUUUCAUUUCUUGGGGUUACCAACUAGUUGAAUGGGGAGGGUGUGCUUGAUUUCAUGCAUAAGGGCAGGUCUUCAGUCGGACUGUCAUAUAUUUUUCGGUCUGAGUUCAAGUUUCCACUUAAAAUAGUACUAUUCUUUUUGCCUUAAAAUCAUUGUCUUAUUUAGAUUUCUAAAAUCAAAAAAUCUCAACUAGAUAGUUUUUUAUUAGGACGGAGGUAGUAGGUUUUGUCUAUUUCUAUAUCUAAGUAGGUUUUUUAAUCAUUGUUCGUAAUUUCACAUCUUUUUUUUUCGGG